UCUAACUUAUGAUGACUUGUAAACGUUGAUGAUGUCGUACCAGCUGGAAAAGGAGAAUGGUCCGGACACUCUCCUCGACAUGUGUGUCAGCUACUGUAUGAACAAUAUGAGCAUUUUGGUCCAGGAUGCUGAGGAGUCUGGACCAUGGGAUAGCUCCUUUCAGAGAUUACAACCAGGCUUAAACUUUCCCACAACCAUCAGUGAUAAUUUGUUUAACUACCUGACACGAAAUGUCAGCGAGUCGUGGAACGCCCAGUGUCAGGACCUUAUACCAGUGUUCAGUGACACGGAAAAAACGCCACUCACAAAAGUUAUGAUUCGACAGCAGAUUGACCUCUCUGAACCGGGGUCACAGUCUCUGUUCAACCACCCUCUGAACCACUUAGAGCUGACCUGUUGUAGUUUCUGUGAUGUUUUCAGUUAUGAAAUUUUUCAGUUGAUAAAGAAAUUAAGGAACUCUAUGAGAGCUUUGAAGUUAUGGACGAAACCAAACUGUCUGAGAUGUGGAAGCUUGUCUACCACAGAAAGUGUGAAUAAACUGACAAAGAUACAGGAUUCCAGAGACAACUCAGAACCACUUGUGUCGAGUAACAUAGUAGAUCUCCGUCUUCUUAGUGUACAGAACUUCAAACAUAGAGAGUUUACGGAAACACCAACAAUGCUUAAGAGUUUGAUUGAGCCUCUCCACAACCUGUGUCACCUAAAUCUGACUGGAUGUGGAAUCACCGAACAUGAUCUCGACUCAGUUGUUGCUUUGCCGAAGAUCACAUACCUGGUAUUGUCAGGAAUACAGUUUGAAGACAUACAAGAAGGAUUUGUGAAACUGGGCAAAGCUUCCCGAUUAAAACACCUAGAUAUCUCGUGUAGUUCCCAGGACCCUAAGAUUUAUCCCAAUGCUGUGGCCAACAUGACUGCGCUCCUCACACAGUUGUGUAACCUAACAUCUCUGGAUAUAUCGGGCACCAACCUUCCUGGGGAUAGACUGAAGGAGAGUGUAUCACAUAAAAUGGAGCCAAGCAGCAGGGACGAGGAAGGCAUAGGCACCUGUAUGUCAGAGAAGGUUAAGAGUUGUGACAGUUUUGGUGGAAGACAUUUUGCAUUCCUUGGUCUGUGGAACUGCCCUGAUCUCCCGUUUUCCUGGAACAACACACCAGCAGACCAGUUCUCUGGCUGGGAGAAUGACGACCAGAUCCUAUUCUCGGCCAGUGUGUAUCUGGAAAACGAGAAAAUGCUCACCCAUGUUCUCAACAGAUUGUUUGGAAGUCUCCGUGUUGGACCUCGCCCAAAUAAAAUUCUUGAUGGAGUUCCGACGAUGUUGAAAGCAAUCCAGCUCCAUCCAUUGUGUAGGGAAAUCCAAAGAUCUGCUAAGCAAGUAAAACUUAUUAAGUCCACCAUCAUCAAAUGAUGGGCUCAUGAUGUGCGAUUCAAAUUGUUCUUGUCUAUGUUUGUCUUCCAUCUCUCCAUCAAGGCCUACAUGUUCACCCUGAAAUAUUUCAUUUGAC